AAACCAUCUCUGGUACUGGAGAAGCUGUGUAUUCAAUCAUUAACUUUGUUGGUCACAAGAACUGAUCAAGAGAAACGUAAAGAAGUGAUGGAAUUGGUGUAUCCAAAAUUAGCAAAAUUUUUUGAUCAUCUGUACACCUGUGGAGAUUAUGACACCCAGCUAUGUAUAGUAGAAACAAUUUUAAGAUUUAUUGUUCCCGACAAAAAUCGCAAAAUGUUUUUUGUCAAUUUCAAACAUAAAAAUCCUAAUGUAAUUAGAAACUUUCUGAAUGUCCGGAGUAAAGAUUUUGACACUGAACAGGAGUUAUUCUGGGUUGAUUUUAACAGAGGAGCUCUAUCAGUUUCUAUAUGGUGUAAUAAGAACAGUCUUCUAACUCCAGAAGAAAGUGCAGUACCUGAUUUUGUGUCCUCAACUGAUUGGCAGUUGCUUACUAUUAAAUCUGAAGUUGUUACCGAAGUGAAAGUGAAAUCAAUUAACCGUGACGACCGUCACAGGCCGCCUCUAGCACGCUAUCUCUGCCACCUGCGGAAGAACAUUCCUGUCCCGCACUGCGCCACGGCUUCCUAG